AUUCAACCGCAAUUGCAGUCAGUUGAGGUUGAAGCAUCUGGUUGAACGGUUGCGCGUGCGCUGCUCAAUAAAUAGCAAACUGAUUUUGGACUGAUUCUCCUGGCCGUAAGAAUUGAAACACACCCGCAGCAGCAGCGAAAAACAAAAAAUUGCAGGCCAUAACAAUAAAAAGUGAAACAACUAGUGCGCCAGAAGAAGUGUGUCUACUGUAGGAGUUGAAUUAUCCCCGGUCGGUCACAUUUGUGUUGUGCCAUAUUUGUGCCCCAUUGUCUCACAGAAAACCAAAUUGAAAAAAAUAAAACUGAGGCAACUACUACUGCAAUUGCAACUGAAACUUCGGUGGCAGCUACAACGUGAAGCACCCACCCGCCCGCUAUUUUGGCGGCCUCUUGGGCAAUCGCUUCACAUACGGGCUAACUCUUUUAUAGGCCAUGCAAAUUUGAAGCAAUCUCCGACUUUGGUGUGGCUCCAUUUUCCAUUUUCCACUCCCUAACUUUGGCUGGGAAAAGAAAAAGCCAGAUAUCUAAAAGGAAAAGUAAACAAACUCAAUAACAAUCCAGUGCAGCAGCGGCACCGGCAGCACGCAUCAGGCAGCAAUUUCUGUUGCUAAUAAAAACCGAUUGAUUGUAAUUGUUUCUUAAAGCGAAAUUUAACGAAUCGUUAACUCGCUCAAUGCGUUGCGGUUUUUUCUACCUUGUGGAUUAAUCUCAAGUGCAUGAAAGUAAGUUUGUGCAAGUGCUAGCUAAGCUGUUGCUUUUGAAAAAGGUCAGAGCACAGCAAAACGUAAAUCACACCUAAGAAGGAUUUACAAUAAAGUAUAACCCGACGACAAAAAAUCAGGAAAGGAAAAAACCACAGCGGCAGACACAGCAGCAACAUGUUGCCGAGGAUAACUUUUGUAUUUAUCAUCAUUUGUGGAUAUUUAUUAUUUACUGAUUGCCGCGAAACAGUUCGCACCAAGAGAGCGAAACGCCCACGCGCCCCGGAACCGGUCAACUUUGAGCCGGAACCGCAACAGGAUCUGGAAAAUGAUGAGAGCGGCAGCCAGGAAAAGGAUGUUCCGGAAAUACCAGAUAAUUUCCUGAGCCCCUCAGUACGAGAGUAUCUUGAAUUGGGAAAAUCAAUUCCCGGUCGUCCCGGCGUUGAUUAUCCAAUACUGUCGGCUGUGCCCUACACCAACUUCUAUUGCGAUGAGCAGGAGUACCCGGGAUUCUUUGCAGAUAUGGAAACAAGGUGUCAGGGUUGGCACUACUGUGACAUUGAUGGACGUCAGGCCUCGUUCCUUUGCCCCAAUGGCACCCAGUUCUCACAAGCCGUCUUCGUCUGCGACUGGUGGUUCAAUGUGCGAUGCGAUCUCUCUCCCCGGCUUUACGCCAUCAAUGCCCGGCUUUAUCAACGUCCCAAGGUGAAUCCUACUCGGCCCCACCGCAUCAUAACGAAGCAGUUGGUCGACGAUAUCUUUACUUGAGCCCCGAAGGAUCCAGAUACUUAUAAUAGCUUAAGUUUGCGAUGCCUACUAGUUAAUAGAUUAGCUCUAAAGUUUUUUUUUAUGCUCUGUUUUAACAGAUUUCAGAAUUCCAGUUUAUUAGUGUGCUUAGCUCAUGUAAAGUCUGUAUUGCAGACUUAUUCUUCAAAGACUUCAAUCUAUCUCUAUUAGUUUUUCAAUAGCAAUUUCUCAAUAAAAAUUACGAAUUUACACUUUACUUGUUUCUUAAAAAUUGCAUCUUGGACUAGAUUUAUAAAUAAACAUAAACACUAGAGAUAUAUACAUUUUUUCCAUUGCUGAACAAUUUUACUCCAUUUUCAUCGGUUCUUUGCCUUCCGAUAUUACUUAGUACAUUUUAAAAUAGCGUUUAAAUUUAGUAUAAAAUAUGUAAAGCAUUUCAAAAAAUUUCUGUAUAUAUUUUUAAUAUUGAAAAAUAAAUAUGUAAUAAAUCUUAUUUAUAAGAAAA